UGAUCCAGCCUCCUGCUAUGACGUCAUGAAACUGUGGCCAGCAUCAUUCUGCAAACACCAAAACAAUGAAGAAGAAGUACUAACAAAAAAUUGGAUAUUACAAACUACUUGUUUAUUCAGUACCCUUUACCGCACUUCCCCGCAAAUUAUCGAUCAGAAUAUCAUCACUACGAGAAGGAAAUUAAGAUUUUACUCGAUUUGAAAUGCUCGAAUGUUUGUUUACCAUACUUUGAGCGCUCUGAUUGCCCACCAAAUGCCCCAGAUGUUGGCUACGAUAGCACUUGCUGGAGCGCCCUAUCCUUGCCACCGGGCUGGUUUGAUCCGAAUACGUGUUUACAUGGAAAGAUGUCGCACAUGGAUGUUGAAUUACUCGCUACUUGCUACAUUUGCUUAGAACAUACAUCCGAUCUGUCACCAAUUGUCGACUCCGAAAAGACGACUGAAACAUUAGUGAGAAAUACCGAAUCCGAGAACUCCUACCGUGAAACGGUGAUUACCAAACAUUUUUGGUUUGAGAUUGCAGAUCUGGUAAACAGUUUGAUCUGUGUACGGUGCUGGACUAAAAUCGAAGAAUUUCAUAAUUUUUAUUGUGAAAUUGAAAAGGCUCAUGAAAACAGUUGUCAAUUUACGUUUACUUCGGUUGAACAGGAGAAAAAAGUUGAAGUUACGGACAUCGUUUUCAACGAAACACAACGUUUGGAAGAAUCAUCAUCAGACGGAGUCGACUUUGGAAGUCUGGUCCAGGUACAGGUCAAACCUGCGACUUUGGAAGAUGCAUUAUCAGAAACAUCCACACCGAAGGUUAAACUACGAAAUAGAAAGGAACGCAAACGUUAUAGACCACGGAAGAUGAAAUUAGCUGAUAGAAUAGCUGAAGAUGAUGAAUUGAUUGCAAAAUACGUGAAUGCUAAUUGCGAUCAAUGUUCGGCACAUUUUCCUUCAUUCAGCGAGCUCCAAGCUCAUUCGGCAGCGAUUCAUAAACGCCGUGCUUAUGUGUUUUGCUGCGACAAACGUUACAACCAAAGGACCCGCCUUUUCGAGCAUGUUCUGCUGCACGUCAAUCCGGAACAUUACCAGUGCGACGUUUGCAAAAGAAAUUGUUUAGACAAUGAGAGUCUGAGACGGCACAAGCUUAAAAUUCACACCCCAGACGACGAACGGGCCUUCAAAUGUGAGAAAUGUUCGAAGGCUUUCGUAACCGAAGCCGAUUUCGGACUGCAUUUGAACUAUCAUCUUGCAAUGGAAAACAAAAAGUUCAAAUGUGAGGAGUGUGAAAAGUGCUUCGGAAACAAAUCUCUGCUGAAAUCUCAUGUGCGGAAUGCCCACGCGUCGCACUUCGAGUUCGUUUGUGAUACGUGCGCUAAGGGAUUCAAUCAGCGGUCCUUGUUCGUACGCCAUUUGCAAGAGCACAAUCCAAUAGCCACAAUCGAACGAAGCCAAUGUCCAUUAUGUUCACUCUGGAUGAAGAAAAGCUAUCUGAACAAACAUAUUCAGCGGCACAGCUCCCCUCGCACUCGUUGCGAUCUUUGCGGCAAGGAAUCCCCGAACGUGUUCGCCCAUCGGAGUCACAUGCGGUUUGCCCACUCGGGAGCGAAAUUCACCUGCAACGUUUGUGAAAAAUCCUUCAAACGUGCGCUAACACUGAAGGAACAUUUGGCGUCCCACAGUGGAGCAGUUCUGUACACCUGUCCGCACUGUCCGAAGACAUUUAACUCUAAUGCCAAUAUGCACUCCCACCGGAAGAAAAUGCACUUUGAGGAGUGGCUCGCCAACAAGGAACGGGUGCUUAUCCGAAAGGAAUAAUCCCGGUCUUGCGUAAACUGUGAAUAAUGUUUAAUCUGGGCCAUGCUUCUAAAUCAGUGCCAUGUGUUUUUAUGUCUCGUCUUCAACUCCUGUGCACAGCAGUUCUGCUUGAUCUACUGGUAAGCGUAAAGUUCAAAUCAAUUUGAGUGGCACCAUAUGUAUUCUGAUGUCUGAGACGAAUGCCAUGUAUUUGAUAGCAAAACAAUAGUGUAAAAGAGCAAUGCUUGUGAGAGUGCCAAUAAAUGAAUCGUUUUUAAAUAUAAAACGAAAUCGAAA